AUGGCAGUAGAGGACAGGGUAGAGCAGAGGAGAGGAGGGAAGGGCAAGGGAGGGCAGACGGGGAAAGAAGAGAACAAGGGUCGGCAGAGGAUAGCAGGAGAGGGCAAGGAAGGGCAGAGGAGGGCAGAGGAGAGCAAGGAACGGCAGAAAGGGCAGGAAAGGGCAAGGGAGGUCAGAGGAGGACAUAGGAGAGCAAAUGAUGGCAGAGGAGGGCAGGAGACGGCAGAGGAGACCAGGAGAGGGAAGGAAAUGCAAGGGAGGGCAGAGGAGUGCAGAGGAGAGCAAGGGACGGCAGAGAUGGCAGGGGAGGGCAAGGAAGGGCAGAGGAUGGCAGAGGAGAGCAAGGGAUGGCAGAGGAGAGCAGGAGAGGACAAGAGAGAGCAAGGGAUGCCAGGACAGGGCAAGGGAGAGCAAGGGAUGGCAAAGAGGGCAGGGGAGGGCAAGUAA